AGGGAAUCUACGCCCAUCCGAUGCUCGCGCGCGGCCCGGCUCUCUGCUCCCUCGCGCCGGCACCCACGUGUCUCUAUUUACUCUACUCGGGUUACCAGCGCCGUCGCCUUCAGCUGGCCCGGAGAUCUGAUAAAGCGCGUCCCUCCUCCCUAGCCGCCGCCCGGCUUCCGCCGAGGGCUCGCCUUUCUUCUGCGGAGAUCCAGGGCCCUGAUCCCAAACCCAGCCUAACCCCAAAUAAACGCUUUUCUUUCCACUUUGAAUGCCGGGGUUGCGGGCGGAAGGACUGCGGUGUGGAUGCCGUUGGCUGGCUCGGAUCGGCUCGCCCACGGCUCCCGGCAGCAGCCUCUCCUGCCGUGGGGACCCGGCCCCGCAACGCCCCCUCAGUUAGGGCGCGCGCCCCGCUCCACGGCGGUUGGGACGGCCCCUUCGGCAAGGCCCACGCCCGCCUCUCCUUCCUCCCCGCCUGGGGCUUCGCUCCUUGGAGCCCUCCGUGGUUUAACGCACCUCUGUGCACUGUACCGAGAGGAGCUAGCGGGUGCACUUUGUUUUCCACCCCGCGAUGGGCUUCGCAGUUGUGUUUAGACAUCCCCGUUUUAAUUCAUCGCGUCCCUCCGAGCCGCCGAAAGGUCGGAGGGCGAAACCGGUCGGGUAAAAGGCCGGCGUUUCCUGCCCAUUUGCCACCGGUUAGCCAUAGAACCACUUGGAAUCAAUUUCCCUGCCCGCUGCUCGCACACGUGCGCACCGUGGACUAGGGGCCGUUAUUCCCCCCACCCAGCCCGGAGGGACCAGGGCUCAGUGUGGCCACCGUGGCCGCGCGGUCCUGCUUGCUUCCCCUCCGGGUCCCCGGGAGCCGACACGCCUCUCCGGACAGCUGCUCACUCACCUCAUGCCCGUUGCUGGCUGGGAUGAUUUCGGACUCGUUAACCAAGGAUGACUUGAUGUCGGCUAAGUCGCCCUCCUCUUCGGGGUGACUGAUCUCGGCGAAGAUCUUCUCCUUCUGGGGAUCGCCCUCGUCCUUGAAGGGGAUCAUCUCAUCGGUGGCGCAGAGUUCCGGGUCCCCCCCGCCGCCUCCUCCGGAAAGUUGGGGCAUCCCGGCGGCUGUGUAAUCUCCGCUCCGCUGCGGGAGCACUCCGAGACAGCAGGAAGGGGGGGGUCGAUGUGAGGUGGGGGAGUUGGAAGACUGAGUGCGGAAGGGCUGCGAAUGGAAGCGGGGUGGGUGGGCAAGCGAGGGGCCCACGGCUGGAGCAGCUGCAGGAGCCUCUGCGAUUGCCGCGCUUUCCCACUUAGAAGGACGCCGGCGCCCGGCCCUGGGGCGAAGGGCACCAGACUGCGAGGGCGGCAGCUGCCGGCGCCUCUGGGAGCGUCUGCGCCGCUCCGCGUGCACUAAGCUAGGCUGCCAGGGCUGGAUGGCCACCCCACGCCGCACUCGCUGCUGGGGUCUGUGCUCCGAGGACACCGAUUCCGGAGGGGACACGACUUUCCAAAGUGCAAACGAGGGUCCCGUGGCGCGUCACCGUGCAAAACCUCUCCACGGAUUCCUCGGAUGCUGAUUUCGGUGUUGGGGAGGGGGGUGCUGAGAAGAGGACUGGGCCAAGAGGCUCCCUUUGCCCCAGAGGAGGUGCGAGGAGAAUCAGAAAAUACCGAAAAGUCCACUUCCUUCAGAGUAAACAAUAAAGAGCCACUCGGAGCUG